AUGUGUAGUAUAUCAAGAGGCAAAUUUGCAACGGUUUAUAAAUCAUUAUCAAAAUGUAUUUUUGAAAAUCUGGCAUUUGAAGAGUAUCUAUUUAGGAAUCAUGACGUCAACAAGAAUGGAGAGUUGCUAUUAUUCUGGAGCAACAAUCCCGCCAUCGUCGUCGGACGGCAUCAGAACACGUGGGCCGAGGUGAAUCUGGAGUUUGCGAAAAAGAAUCGAAUCGACGUGGCCAGACGACACAGUGGAGGCGGUACGGUAUACCACGAUCUCGGAAAUCUCAACAUUUCGCUGCUGACAACCCACGCGCAGCAUUGUAGGCCAAAAAAUUUGAAGUUCAUCUCCGAAGCGCUGAACGACACGUUCUCGUUGAGCAUCGUUCCCAACAAACGCGACGACAUGGAAUUACAGCCGGGCAAUCGGAAGUGCUCUGGAACCGCGGCGAGAAUCGCGAGAGGUCACGCCUACCAUCACUUGACGCUUUUGGUCGAUGCCGAUCUCUCGGUGCUCUCCGCCGCACUAAAUUCGCCGCUUCGACAUCAAAUCGUGACGAACGCGACGAAAAGCGUCAGAGCCGAAGCGGUGGGAUUUCUGAGGCAGGACGAUCGAUCGGCGAGUGUCGUUGCCGCCGAAAAAGCCGUUGUUGAAGCUUAUAGAUCGCAAUUCGAGGCCUCAUUGUACGACGAGAUCGACGUCGGCGAGCAAAUCGAGAGCAAUUCGGAAAUGGCGAGAAUCUAUGAGCAGCUGAUCGGCUGGGAGUGGAUAUUCGGCAAAUCGCCGCGUUUCGUGUUCACCGACGACGAGAAUCGCGAGAUUCUCGUCAAAGACGGCGUCGUCGCGACGCGAUCCGGCGAUUUCGACGCCGGCACACGAUUCGUCCUUUGA